CAAAUUCCCAAAUUUCCCCGCCACUGCCCGCAGACACCACCAUGACCAUAGAUCCCAACCACACCACCGCUUCAGCCGCCGCCAACAUGGCCACCGCCGGAGCCGCCGCACACAACACAACCACGACGAGGCCGGUAAGACCUGCCGUAUCAUCUCCUCUUCCGUCUAAUCUUUACGCAGCCCCAUCCCUCCAAAUUCGGACCCAGUCGCCAUCAUCAUCACCAGUAGCACCAGCAGCUGCUAAUCAUCAGGGGGUUCUGUACCCACUGGCUUCCUCUGGCCGAGGCUUUAUUCCUCGGCCCAUUCGUCCCGCCGCCGCUGCCGGAGGCGAACCCGCACUCAUUGUGGCCAACGCCGGUGCUGUGUACCCAUCUCGGCCCCUACUCAAUUUCCCUCCUCAGCAGCCUAUUCCUGUGCAUUUGAUAAGACCCAACUACAGCUUAGCACCGUCUCCUCUUCCUCCUCUUAUUAGGGGCCUUCCCGUUUCCUCUGCUCCUCCUGAGGUUGCUCCAUCUUCAGUUCCUGACAGCAAUGGUUUUAAAGACAUGAGGGAUAAAAGCAAAGAUGAUAACUUAGCUGUCAUUAGAGGUCGACAAGUCAGGAUGACAGAUGGAGCUUCUCUAUAUGUGCACGGUCGGUCAUGGUUGAGGAACUGUUUUACUGAAGAAAUUCAGCCCCAAUAUGGUGAUGCUGUAAGGUCUCUUCCGAGACCUUCACCAAUACCUAUGGCAAGUGCUACUCUUCAAAAGGAGGGAGGUGAAGCAGAGGAAAAAGAAGAAAAAGGAGAUGAUAACGAGGACGAGGCUGAGGAACACAUUGAAUGUUUAUCACCACAUGAUCUGUUAGAAAGACAUGUCAAACGUGCCAGAAAAGUUCGAGCACGAUUAAGAGAGGAACGCUUACGGCGAAUUGCAAGGUACAAGUCUAGGCUUGCUCUUCUCCUUCCUCCUUGGUAGAACAGUUCAGAAAUGAUCUAGCUUCCGGAAACUGACCCAUGGUUGCUCUAUCGUACCUCAUUAACAUUUAGCACUGUGGGCUUUCAUACCAAAUGAUUAAGUUCAUUUCCAGUUCUUUCUGGAAUGACGAAAAAAUGUUUACAGUAUUCAAGCAAGUUCGCUGUACAAAUUGUAAUUUGCUGUAACAGUAAACAUCACUGGUAGUACGUUACCUGGGCGUGGUAGAUGCUAGAAGUUAGAAAAAUUGUGGGAACUGAGUGAGCAACUUUUUUCUUUUCUUUUCCAUGCGUGUUAUUGUAAGUUGGGGGUUGUGAGUUCUUUCUACACCAAAUAGUAAUUCUUUCUCCGGU